AUGGUGGUGUUCCUGGGCCGCCGCCUUCCGGUGCUCCUCGGGCUCUUUAAGAAGAAGGGCUCUGCCAAGGCUGAGAGUGACAAACGUCUAAGUGUGGGGUCCGGCCAGGGGCCAGGGUCUGUAGUGGAUGAGCACCAGGACAAUGUCUUCUUCCCCAGUGGGCGACCGCCUCACCUCGAAGAGCUGCACACGCAGGCCCAGGAGGGGCUCCGUUCCCUCCAGCACCAAGAAAAACAGAAACUGAAUAAAGGUGGUUGGGACCAUGGAGACACCCAGAGCAUCCAGUCCUCCCGGAUGGGGCCAGAUGAAGACAGCAUCUCUUUCUGCAGCCAGACCACAUCCUACACGGCUGAGAGCUCCACAGCAGAGGACGCUCUCUCCAUCCGCUCAGAGAUGAUCCAGCGCAAAGGGUCCACCUUCCGACCCCAUGACUCAUUUUCCAAAUCGUCCGGGAAGUCGGGGCGGCGAAGGCGCGAGAGGCGGAGCACGGUGCUGGGACUGCCGCAGCACGUGCAGAAGGAACUCGGUCUGCGGAACGAGCGUGAGGCACCAGGUACCCCUCGGCCUCCUGGUCCUCGGGAUGCCGUCCGCAUCCCCACGGUGGAUGGCCGUCCAGCGGGCCCGGCUUCAGGGACAGGGGCCCGGGUGUCCCUGCAGGCGCUGGAGGCACGGGCCCAGGCCGGUGCCGAGGCCGAGGCCAUGCUGCAGCGCCACAUCGACCGCGUCUACCGGGAUGACACCCUCGUUGGGCGGUCCACAGGAGCCCGGCCCCCGCCAGUGACCCGGCCCAUGUCCUUAGCGGUACCCGGACUGACAGGAGGGGCAGGGCCUCCAGAACCCCUGAGCCCAGCCAUGUCCAUCUCGCCCCAGGCCACCUACUUGUCAAAACUGAUUCCGCAUGCUGUCUUGCCGCCCACGGUGGACGUGGUGGCCCUGGGCCGCUGCAGCCUGCGCACACUGAGCCGCUGCAGCCUGCUGUCGGCCAGCCCGGCCUCUGUCCGCUCGCUGGGCCGCUUCUCCUCGGCCUCCAGCCCGCGGCCCCGCAGCCGCCAUCCUUCCUCCUCCAGUGACACCUGGAGCCACUCUCAGUCCUCCGAGACCAUUGUGUCUGAUGGCUCUACCCUCUCCUCUAAGGGUGGCUCUGAGGGUCAGCCCGAGGGCUCUCUGGCUAGCAGUAGCGCGGCCCCCCCUCCCCAGGUGGGCAGUGGGAGGGGCUCUCCCAGCGGGGGCAGCACCGCCGAUGCCUCCGACACUGUCAGCGUUCGGAGCAGUGGGCAGCUGUCCGGCCGGAGCGUGUCCCUCCGUAAGCUGAAGAGGCCCCCCCCACCUCCCCGCCGGACCUACUCACUCCAUCAGCGGGGCUCAGCAGCACCCGAUGGGCCCUUGGGGUUGCCGCCCAGGCCUGAGCGGAAGCAGCAGCAACAGCUGCCUCGGCCACCCACCACUGGUGGGGCAGAAGGGACGGGGGCAGCUCCGUGUCCCUCCAACUCAGCAGGCACCUGGGUGCCUGGCUUGUCUCCAGGUGGCUCCCGGCGUCCCCCACGCUCCCCAGAACGGACGCUCUCACCCUCCAGUGGGUACUCGAGCCAAAGUGGUACUCCUACCCUCCCUCCUAAGGGUCUAACAGGGGCCCCUGCUUCCCCAGGCAAGGCCCAACCCCCUAAACCAGACCGUGUCACUUCCCUUCGUUCCCCUGGGGCCUCUGUCUCUUCUUCCCUCACAUCUCUAUGUUCCUCAUCCUCUGACCCAGCCCCCUCAGACCGGUCUGGUACACAGAUGUCGACUGCCCUGGGUGAUAGGUUUGCCAUACCUCCUCACCCCAAGGUGCCCGCCCCUUUCUCCCCACCCCCUUCCAAGUCCAAGAGUCCUAAACAAGCUGCCCCCGCUCCUGCCACUCCUGCUGUGGUCCCCGGGCCGGUCUCUACUGCUGAUGUGAGUCCCGAGUCCCCACCAACUCCGCAGACCUCCCUGACCCCGCCACAGGAGUCACCCAGUGACCCCAAAGACCAGUCACCCCCACCGUCCCCACCUCCAUCUUAUCAUCCUCCCCCCCCACCCACUAAGAAGCCUGAGGUCGUUGAGGCCCCGUCUGCCCCAGAGACUGCUGAGGAGCCCCUCCAAGACCCCAACUGGCCCCCACCCCCGCCUCCUGCACCGGAGGUGCAGGACCUUUCCAUGGCUGACUUCCCCCCACCUGAGGAGGCCUUUUUCUCUGUGGCUGGCCCUGAGCCUGCAGGCCCUUCAGGCCCCCCAGAGCCUGUUAGAUCCCUGGCUGCUUCAUCCUUCUCAGUUGCUGUCUCUUCCCAGAGCCAGCUUCACGGUUCCCCAGACCCUCCUCCGGCUCCACCAGCCCCACCUCCAGCUGGUUCUGUCUCGGGGCUUUUGGCCAAGCUCCCACGGAAGGAACCGGUGGGCUGCAGCAAAGGCAGCGGGGUUCCCAGGGAGGAUGCUGGCGCACCCCUGGUCACGCCCUCACUCCUGCAGAUGGUUCGGCUGCGCUCUGUGGGCGCUCCUGCGGCUGCUGCAACCCCGGCCUCUGGGCCGUCAGCCCCCCAGAAGCCGCUACGAAGGGCCCUGUCAGGGCGGGCCAGCCCAGCGCCUGGCCCCUCCUCAGGGCUCCAUGCUGCUGUCCAACUCAAGGCCUCCGGUCUGGCUGCCAGCAAGGACCCUGCGAGUGCCCAGCCCAAUGGACCGCCUGAGGUGGAGCCACGGUCUCCCCAGUCCCCUGCCUCUAUGGCCAGCUUCAUAUUCUCCAGGGGCACCAAGAAGCUGCAGCUGGAGAGGCCAGUGUCCCCUGAGGCCCAGGCUGACCUCCAGCGGAAUCUGGUGGCCGAACUUCGGAACAUCUCAGAGCAGUGGCCACCCCAAGCCCCAAAGAAGCCACCUAAAGCUCCCCCACCCGUGGCUCGCAAGCCCUCUGUGGGAGUCCCGCCAUCCACCUCGCCCAGCUUUCCUCGGGCUGAGUCCCUUACUGCUCCUCCCGCCAACGGGCUCCAUGCUGAAGACAGGACUAAGGGGGAGCUGGCAGAGAAUGGAAGUGUCAUGCAGCUGGUGGGCCUGGAGGAGCAGAAGCUGGGCCCACCUGGCUCAGACCCACAGAACGAGCUGGUCUGA